CUGGGUCGCUCACUCUUUCAGUCAACAACUUCCAUUCUCUCCAUCAAAUAUCUUUCUUUUCACCAAUCAAAUCUUCUUUAACUUCAGCAAAAUGCGUCAAGCUCAGUCUCUGUCCCUCCUGACGGCCCUUCUGUCGGCUACUCGUGUUGCCGGUCACGGCCACGUUACCAACCUCGUCGUCAACGGCGUUUACUACCAGGGUUUUGACAUCGGCAGCUUCCCUUACGAGUCCGACCCUCCCAAGGUGGCUGCCUGGACCACUCCCAACACUGGCAAUGGCUUCAUCUCUCCCAGUGAGUAUGGCAGUGACGAUAUUAUCUGCCACCAGAAUGCCACCAAUGCCAAGGGCCACAUCGUUGUUGCGGCCGGUGACAAGAUCAACAUUCAGUGGACCGAGUGGCCCGAGUCUCACCAUGGCCCUGUUCUUGACUACCUUGCUCGCUGUGACGGUGCGUGUGAGACGGUCGACAAGACCACCCUCGAAUUCUUCAAGAUUGAUGGCGUGGGUUUGGUCAGCGACACGGAAGUGCCCGGAACUUGGGGAGACGACCAACUGAUUGCUAAUAACAACAGCUGGUUGGUUGAGAUCCCACCGACGAUUGCUCCUGGUAACUACGUUCUUCGCCACGAGCUUAUCGCUCUUCACAGCGCUGGCACCGAGGAUGGUGCCCAGAACUACCCCCAGUGUUUCAACCUCCAGGUUACUGGCUCCGGUACUGACAAGCCUGCCGGUACCCUCGGCACCAAGCUCUACACCGAGGAUGAGGCCGGUAUCGUGGUGAACAUCUAUGCCUCCCUGUCGAGCUACGCCGUCCCUGGCCCUACCCAGUACAGCGGCGCCGUUUCUGUCAGCCAGUCCACCUCGGCCAUCACCUCCACCGGAACUGCUGUUGUCGGUAGCGGCAGUGCUGUUGCCACCUCUGCCGCCGCGGCCACUACCAGCGCCGCUGCUUCUUCUGCUGCUGCCGCUGUCACCAGCGCCGCUGCGUCUCAGACUCCCGCCGCCAGCUCUGGUGCCACCACUACCAGCAGCAGCAGCGGUGCCGCUCAGUCCAUGUAUGGCCAGUGCGGUGGUCUUAACUGGACCGGCGCUACUUCUUGUGUUGAGGGCGCCACUUGCCACCAGUACAACCCUUACUACUUCCAGUGCAUCGCCGCUUAGAUGUG